AUGUUUAUCAGAAAUAAGCAAUAUCCUUAAUAUUUUGAUAUUCAAAAUUCAUUGUUAUCUACUGAUACAGAAUUUUGGGUUACAAACGUAAGUUUUUCAUCGAUGUCUACUGCUUGUUUGACAAUUAAGCGAUUGGAAAUUACGAAAGAAAAAACUAUUUCAAUUGGGAAGUAACAUAUUAAAUAUUCUAAAAACAAAUUCAUUUUGUUCUCUAAUGCUUUUUUAACAAUUCUAAGGAAUUCGAACUAAGAAAUUAUAGGAGUAUCAUUGGAGAAAUAAGAAAACAAAAUCGAGCUUUAUGGACAAAUAUAAAAUUGGAUAAGUGUAUUGAUGAAAGAAUGCAUCUCAUUAGACUUUACAUGCAAUUAUUAAAUCUUAAAACUAAUUGGUAGAGGGUCAACAGCAAAUGUUUAUUAAGUUCGAUCUAAAAUAGAUGAUAUCAAUUACGCAAUAAAAGUAUUUGAUAAAGCUUAACUUGAAACAGAUAAUUAGGUAAAACAAUCUUUAUUGUUUGAAAUAUAAUAUUUAAAACUAUUCAAUCAUCCUAAUAUUGUCAAAUAUUUAGGAGUAUUUGAGUCAAAAUCAUAAAUUAUUUUAAUUUAGGAGCUAUUAUUAGGAGGUGAUUUGGAUAGUAAUAUAUAAGAAAGAAAACUUGAUGAAGAUUAAAUUAAAAUAAUAAUGAAAUCUAUUUUAGGAGGACUUGAUUAUAUGCAUAGUUUUGGAAUAUUUCACAGAGACAUUAAAAAAUGCAAUAUAAUGUUAAGAUAAUAAAAUAAUUAUGAAUCUCUUUGUCUAAUUGACUUUGGCUUGGCUGAAAAAGCAAAUAGUGAAAAUAAUUAUUUAUUCAGAUAUUGUGGUACUCCUGGUUGUGUCGCCCCUGAAAUAUUAAGAAAAUAAUAAUACGGACUGAAAGUAGACAUAUAUAGUGUGGGUAUAUUAGGCUAUUAAUUGAUGUUUGGUAAAGAUCCCUUUAAAUCAAAUACAACAAAAGAAAUUAUUGUCAAAAAUUUCCUAGGACAUAUUGACUUUUCUGAUACUUCAUCUAUAUCAAAAAGUGGGAUUUAUUUCUUAAAAGGGUUGAUCGAGAUAGACCCUUAAAUUCGAUUUUCAGCAGCACAAGCUUUAAAACAUCCCUUUUUAUAACCAGAGAUUAAUAAAAUACUUGUAAAUGGGAAUAGAUUUAAUGUCCAUAUUAGAAAGGAGCCAUUAAAAUUAAAGCCUUUGUUAUUUCAUAAUAGUAGAAAUCAGUCACCUAAUAACGUUUCCAAAACUUCACCUAGUAAGUUUCACUUAAAAACUGAUAUGAGUCCUAAAUCAGACCGAGAGAAAUCCAAUAUUGAUAGCUCAAGGUUAAUAUCAAAAUCUUUUUUCUAAAGAAAUUAUAAAAAAAUGAAUACAAAAUGA